GAAAAGACAAAAAAAAUAAUCCUAAUCUGCUUAGGAAAGAGGUUUUUUUUUUUUAAAAAAAAGAAGAAAAAGGAAAUUUUGUUUUUUUAUCUUUUAUUUUGGGGGAAUCGGGGGUUGUGUUCUUUAAGGUAUCCACUUUUUGGUUGGCUCUGUUUGCUGUUACAUUCCAUCAAGGGUUAAUGCCUCUUUUGCACACCAUAUGAAUGCUCAGGGCUCUGAAUCCAUGAAAAGGAUUUGUGAUUUGCGAACCUUUUGUGAGCAUCUGAUUUUGGGUCGGAAUUGGGUGGUUGUGUUGAUUGGUGUGAUUUAUUCGUCUUCAAUUGGAUCUCCGAAUUAGCCCGCUACAGAUAAAACACAAUGGGCACCCAAUGUGCUCCGCAGAGCAUGGGACUACCAAGUCAAGAAACGAUUCCUCAAGAAAUGGAAGUUGACUUCAGCAAGGAGGUCGACUACAGAGAAGAUCCAGAGAGCGCAAAAUUAGAUUCUGGCUCUUGUCCAGAAGCUACCGUGAAUCCAUCAACACAAACAACUGGUGAAUCUGGUGGUUGCAGUGAAGUGAAAGUUAAACGAUCAUCGAGGCGGAAGGCGGACAUAUAUUAUGGUAUAUUCGACCUAAGCUCGGACGAGGAUUUAGAUAGCGAGAAGCCCUCCAAGGAUCGUUCCUCAAGAAAUUCCAAGCAGAGUAAUGAUGCAAUCACAAGCCCAAGGAAGGCUAAGCGUGAAAAGUCAUCAUCAAAAUGGAGACUAGAUGAAGCACGUAGACCUUUGAUUGAUGAAGCUCCUGUUUUCUAUCCAACUGAGGAGGAGUUCAAAGAUACACUUGGAUAUAUUGCCACCUUACGUUCAAAAGCAGAAAAGUACGGAAUAUGCCGCAUUAUUCCUCCGAGUUCUUGGAAACCACCAUGCCCUCUAAAGGAAAAAUGCUUUUGGGGAUGUGCUGCGUUUACCACUCGAGUCCAACAGGUUGAUAAGCUUCAAAACAGAGAGCCGAUGACAAAAAGAUCCAAAAAUCGUUGUCAAAGGAGGAAAAAGAGAAGAAAGCGGUUGAGGUUUGGGAUGACUCGCAGGCGUAAUAGUUCCAAUGCUUCUGAAAAUAACGACUGUGCCACCUCAGAUACCGAGGAGAAGUUUGGGUUUCAAUCUGGGUCAGAUUUUACACUGGAGAGCUUUGAAAAAUAUGCUGCUGAGUUCAAAGAGAAGUAUUUUGGAAUAAAUGCCACUAGUCAAAAUUCAGUUCGUGAUGACAAGGAGAUUCCUCAAGAGCCGUGGCAACCCUCGGUGGAGGAGAUUGAAGGAGAAUAUUGGCGGAUUGUUGAAGAACCCACCGAAGAAAUCGAGGUACAUUAUGGUGCUGAUUUGGAUACCGGAAUGUUUGGUAGCGGGUUUCAGAAAGCAUCACCGUCAAAUAAGAGCGAAUCAGAUCCAUAUGUUGUGUCAGGUUGGAACUUGAAUAACCUGCCACGACUUCCCGGAUCUGUUCUUUCAUUUGAAAAAGAGGAUAUAUCAGGUGUGUUAGUACCUUGGCUCUACGUAGGAAUGUGCUUUUCAUCUUUUUGUUGGCAUGUGGAAGACCAUCACCUUUACUCUCUGAACUACAUGCACUUUGGUGAUUCGAAAGUGUGGUAUGGAGUUCCUGGUAAUGAUGCUGUGAAAUUGGAAGAAGCAAUGAGAAAGCAUUUGCCAGAGUUGUUUGAAGAACAGCCUGACCUUUUGCAUGAACUGGUCACCCAGUUAUCUCCCUCAGUCCUAAAAUCCGAAGGAGUUCCGGUUUAUCGUGCCAUCCAGAAUCCAGGGGAAUUUAUUCUUACAUUUCCCCGUGCUUACCACUCUGGGUUUAAUUGUGGCUUCAAUUGUGCUGAGGCAGUAAAUGUGGCACCUGUCGAUUGGUUGCCUCAUGGGCAGUGUGCCGUUGAGCUCUAUAGAGAGCAACAUCGAAAGACAUCAUUGUCCCAUGAUAAGUUACUACUUGGUGUUGUAAGAGAAGCCGUUAAAGAGCACUUACAGCCCUCUUCUCUGCAUAAUAGAUGGCGAAGUGCUUGUGGAAAGAAUGGAGUACUUACUGAAGCCUUUAAGACAAGAGUACAGAUGGAGCAGAAAGCAAGGGAGGGUCUGAGUUGUCUUUCCCGGUUCAAAAAGAUGGACAAGGAUUAUGAUUCAUCAAGUGAGAGAGAGUGUUUUUCAUGCUUUUAUGAUCUGCACCUUUCCGCUGCUGGUUGUGAAUGCUCGCCAAGCCGAUUCGCUUGCUUAAACCAUGCAAGUCUUUUGUGUUCUUGCGAACCAACAAAAAGAUUCAUGUUCUUUCGGCACGAUAUCGAUGAAUUGAAUUCUAUUGUGGCAGCUCUUGAAGGUGAUUUAAGCACGUUGAAAUUGCGGGGAAGUACAUUGAAAUUAGAUGAUUUCCAACACCGAGAAGUUGGUAAAUGUGAAGAGCGCAAUGGCCGUUUUCCUGAUCUUAAUAUGGAAACUCCGGAAUGCUCCAGUCAACAAAAGAAAAAUAUAUCUUUAGCUAAAGAAGAGCAAGGAUGCAGUCCCGGUGUUCCAAAACCGGCUUGUUCUUCAAAUUCCAUGGUUAUGGGUGUAAAUGAUCGUAACGUGGAUAAGUCAUUUAUGGAGUAUGAGCAACUAGGGAUAAGUAAUUAUCUGAUUAGGUCUAGUUCUGAGUGUGGGUCAUCGAUGUCUUUAAAUCAUUCUUCGGAGUUGGCUUCUCCUUGUAGAUUUCCUAUCAGGAACUCUAAUGAAGCUUCGUGUUCUAGAGAUUCUGAACGCCCUCGUAAAUCUAGCUCGAAGCUGUUUGGAGUUGACCUUCAACGCAAUGGUCAACUCAGUCAACCUGUGAAGGCUCCUUCAAAUCAACUCAAGGAGAUUAGUAGAAUAUGUGAGAUUCCGAAGUAUUUCGUCGAGCCUCUUGAGUUUGGAACUGCGAUGUACAGAAAGAAUUGGUACAGCAAACAAGCUAUCUUUCCAAAAGGAUUUAAAAGUCGUGUGCUGUUCUUCAGCGUGCUUAAUCCAGCGGAGACAUGCAGUUACAUUUCGGAAGUGCUUGAUGCUGGACUGCUGGGGCCCUUAUUUAAGGUGACAGUAGAGGAGCAUCCAGAGGUUUCCUUCACUCAUUCUUCUGCUUUGCAAUGCUGGGAACUAGUAAGGGAGAGACUGAAUGAAGCGAUAAUUAAGCACCGUAGCUUAGGAAAUACAAAUCUUCCGCCACUGCAAACCCCGGAUUCUGUAAAUGGGCUUGAAAUGUUCGGAUUCUUAUCACCACUUAUUGUUCAGGUUGUCGAGGCGCUCGAUCCUUAUCAUCAAUGCACUGAAUACUGGAUGUCAAAGUCGAUCACAUCAUCUGCGCCUAAAAGUACAGAUAGAAAAGAACUCUCCCCAGGAAACACGCAGAAAUUAUUCGGAGUUCAUUUAACUAAAACGGAGCAGAAUAAUUUAGACGUUAACACCAAUUCAUCGGUCGAAGAGGUCCAAAACAUACUUGGUGGACUUUUCAAGAAAGCAAACCGCGAGGAGUUAAAAAUGAUGCACAAAAUAUUCUGCGGCGGUUCCGGGAGCAGCAGUUGGAGAGUGGCGUUUGCUACACUGCUCGAAGAGAUCAAGAAGGAUGUAGAUAAAUAAAGACGAUAGGAGAAGAAAAAAGAAAAUCAAAAUAGUUCCGUUUUCUUUUUUCUUUUUUCUUUUUUUUCUUUCCUUCAGAUUCCUCAGAGCCGCAAUUGCCAUUGAAGCUCGAAUUCUUUCUUUCCCGAAGCUAACACCAUUGACAUCUGCAAGUAUAGGAUUGAGAUUUUCAUUUCAUUUUUCCAUAGUCAAGUUCCUUAUUGACAAUUGUUGAUUGCUGAAUUAUGUUAGCAUUGUGUUAGAUUGAGUUCUUAGAGAAAUUUGUAUUCGCGUCGAAUGUGGUAAACUGGAAAUUGUAUGGAGCUUAUGUACAAAAAUAGCCUUGAGUUUCAGAUCAAGAAAAAAAGUUUUGAUCUUCGUUCU